AUGGCCGAGGAAUCUCCUGCCUCUGCGCCCGCUCCCGACGCUGCUGAGUCGGUCGAGCGCGCUCCUGCCGAGACCCAGUCCGCUCCUGUGGACGCGGCACCAGGGCAGCCCAAGGAGACGGUAGAGAAGGAAGCCAAUGGUUCGGAUGAGAAGGCAUCAGAACCUGCCUCUUCUUCUGAGGAGAAAAAAGAGUCGACUGAAGCUGAGAAGCCCGCUACGUCCUCCGAGCCCGUCGACGCGAAGGAACCCGCCGACGGCGCAGCCGCCCCUGCAGAGCCCGAAGUUGAACCCGCCCCAACAUCGGAGGCCAACGGAACACCCGCCUCGGCCAAGAAAUCAUCAAGUUCAAGGCGCAAAUCUACUGGAGGUUCAGUGAGCCGAAAGAAGUCGCAACCUCGCGUCACGCAUCUCGAUGCGAAACCUGGCGAUUAUUUCCUCGCGCGUUUGAGAAGCUACCCACCUUGGCCUUCCAUCAUUUGUGAUGAAGAGAUGCUUCCUCGGACCUUGCUGGACACGCGUCCCGUGACCGCUCAGCGUGAAGAUGGCACCAUCAGAGACGAUUACGCCAAAGGCGGCAAGCGCGCGCACGAGCGAACUUUCCCGGUUAUGUUCUUCGAGACCAACGAAUUCGCCUGGGUUCCCAAUACAGACCUGACCCCUCUCGAUCCUGCCGCCUGCAAGGAAGUAUCGGAGAAGGGUAAAACCAAGCUGCUACUGUCCGCUUAUGCCGUCGGAGCCGAGGGUCACGAUCUUCAGUACUUCAAAGAGCUUCUGGUUGACCACCAGCGCGCGCUUGAGCAGGAAACCGAAGAGAAGGAGGCUCAGGCUGCCGCAAAGGCCGCUGCCAAAGCUGCCAAAGAAGCAAAGAAGAGCAAGCGCAAGAGCAUGGAUGUUGUUGAGGACGACGAUGUCGAGAUGGAGGAUGCUGAUGAGGAGGAACACAAGCCAAAAAGCUCCAAGAAGCGGAAGAAGGAUGCCGAAGCCGACGUUACGGCUGAUGAGAAGCCCGCAAAGACCCCCAAGACCACCAAAUUGAAGUUGACGACUCCCAAGACUCCGACCACUGAGAAUGGCAAAAAAGCUCCUGCUUCUAGCAAGGCUAAGCAAACUACUAGCUCCAAGAAAGCUGGCAAGGCCGCUGCAAGCGAUGAAGGCGAAGAUUCUCGCCCCGCUUCUAAGGAACCCGAGAAGAAGGUCAAUCAGGAAGAACUCAAGGAGAAGAAGGAGAAAGAGGUCCUCUUCAUCCGCCACAAGCUCCAGAAGGGAUUCAUUUCCCGCGAACUCCCACCUGCAGAGGAAGAAAUGACUGCUAUGUCGGGCUACUUCACCAAACUGGAGAAGCACACUGAUCUGGAAGUAUCGAUAAUUCGUGCGACUAAGAUCAACAAGGUGUUGAAAAUGAUUGUGAAGCUCAGCUCUAUUCCUCGGGAUGAGGAAUUCCAAUUCCGGCAACGCGCCAUCAACAUUUUAUCCAAGUGGAAAAAUGUUCUCGAUGCUGAUACCACCGGUCCUUCGGAGCACAAGGAAAAGGAGGACAAGCCCCGGGCGAACGGUGUUCACAAAGAGAGUAGCGUGGAGACGCCCGUCAAGGCUGACACCGAAAACGAAAAGGAAGAGGAUUCUAAGGAGAGCAAGACGAAUACCGCCGAACCUCAGGACGAGCCGAUGACUGACGCGGAUGCUGGAGACAAGUCGGACGUUCCCGAGCCCGCCAAGGAAGAUGCUGAGCAGCCCACCUCGAAGGCCGAUGAGACACCGAAAGAACAGGAAGAGGAGAAAACAGAUGAGGAAAAGCCGGCUGCAGAGGCGGAGAAGACGGAGGAGAAGACUGCGGAGGCAGUUGCUUGA